AUGUCACAAUAUUCUGAGGCGCAAGGGAUCUUGUCUAGGCUAAUACAUAGUAAUGGUAAUAAGUAUAGGACCUUUAAUAGAAGCGCAUCAAACUUUUAUAGAAAUGGUUUUUUAAGAGCUAAUACAACAACCAUAACAACAACUCGUAUUCCUUCUGUGCUUUAUUGUCGUAAUUAUGCUACCGAGUCAAGCAAUAAUGCAGGAACAAUUCAGGCUGUGAUUGGUGCUGUUGUUGAUGUACAGUUUGAGGAAAAAAGUUUACCGCCAAUUUUGAAUUCGUUGGAAGUACAAAAACCGGAUGGUAAUCGUCUUGUUCUUGAAGUGGCCCAGCAUCUUGGCCAAAAUGUCGUCAGAACAAUAGCUAUGGACGGUCUUGUUCGUGGUCAAAAAGUUUUAGACACAGGUUCACCAAUUAAAAUUCCUGUAGGACCUGAAUGUUUAGGACGUAUCAUUAAUGUAAUUGGAGAACCAAUUGAUGAACGAGGUCCAAUUAAAACAAAAAAAACUGCUGCUAUUCAUGCAGAUGCACCAGAAUUUGUAGAUCAAUCUACAGCUCCUGAAAUUCUUGAAACUGGUAUUAAAGUUGUAGAUUUGUUGGCCCCUUAUGCUAGAGGUGGUAAAAUUGGUUUGUUCGGCGGUGCUGGUGUAGGUAAAACUGUGUUGAUUCAAGAGUUGAUUAAUAACAUUGCAAAAGCUCAUGGUGGUUAUUCAGUGUUUUGUGGUGUUGGUGAGAGAACACGUGAGGGAAAUGAUUUGUAUCAUGAAAUGAUACAAACUGGUGUAAUUAAACUUGAUGGUGAAUCAAAAGCUGCAUUAGUAUUUGGUCAAAUGAAUGAACCACCAGGAGCUAGAGCUCGUGUUGCAUUAACUGGUGUCACUAUUGCAGAAUAUUUCCGUGAUGAUGAGGGUCAAGAUGUGUUACUUUUUGUUGAUAACAUUUUCCGAUUCACUCAAGCCGGUUCCGAAGUAUCUGCUUUGUUGGGUCGUAUUCCCUCGGCUGUAGGUUAUCAACCUACUUUAAGUCAUUUGGAUGCAACCACUGUAUUGUCACGUUCCAUUGCUGAAUUAGGUAUUUAUCCAGCUGUGGAUCCACUUGAUUCAAAAUCACGUCUAUUGGAUCCUAGAGUGGUAGGUGAAGAACAUUAUAGAGUAGCCACAGAUGUGCAAAAAAUACUUCAAGAUUAUAAAUCUUUGCAAGAUAUUAUUGCAAUAUUGGGUAUGGACGAAUUAUCAGAAGAAGAUAAGCAAACUGUUGAGCGUGCAAGAAAAAUUCAAAGAUUUUUGAGUCAACCAUUUGCUGUUGCACAAGUUUUCACUGGUUAUGAAGGACGUCUUGUUAAAUUAAAAGAUACCAUUCGUUCAUUCAAAGAAAUUUUGGAAGGAAAAUGUGAUGAUUUACCAGAAGCUGCAUUUUAUAUGGUUGGUGAUAUUGACGAUGCAAGAAAGAAGGGAGAAGUCCAGUGA